CCACCGUCAGGAUGUUGUGUCCCAGCGUUUUCCAGCCGUCCCCCGUCACCAUGAGGCCUUUCCUGGACCUGCACUGGCCCGUCCGCAGCCUGUGGCCCGAGACCCGGCCGCUCUUCUUCCAGCUGGAGCAGGAGAUGAUGCGCCACAUGCAGGAGAUGAGGCAGAGCAUGGAGUACAUGGAGCGGCUGCACCAGAGGAUCUUCGAGGAGAUCGACCAGACCUCGUCCUACACGGGGGUCUUCAAGCCCAUCGCCUUCCAGGAGGAGCCGGGCAGGGACGGCGCCAGCUUCGCCCUCAGCCUGGACACCAAGGAGUUCUCACCGCAGGAGCUGUCGGUCAAACAAGUGGGCCGGAAACUGCGGGUGAGCGGCAGGACGGAGAAGAAGACGGAGGACGAGAAGGGCUGCUCCUCCUACAGGUGUCAGGAGUUCCGGCAGGAGUUCGACCUGCCGGACGGCGUCGCCCCCGGGGCCGUCACCUGCUCGCUGGUGGGCGGCCGGCUGCACAUCCAGGCGCCGCGGGAGAGACCGGCGACUGACGGGAAGGAGAGAGUCGUCCCCAUCAGCGUCACCUCGGCCCCGGCCCUCACCUCCUCCUCCGGCGGGGGGCCGGAGGGCAGCUCCUCCUCCUCAGAGAGCAGCCCUGCUGAGAAAAACUGAGAACACACGUCGCCUCUUUUCACCGUCUUUGUUCAUCUCAGCGUGGUUUUGGCGGACGCAGAGGGAACACGAAGCCGAUGAUCUUUACUUGCACUUUUUAAUAAUUCAGUGUUAAAAACUUGUUUUAUUAACUUUUAUUAUCAGAUGUUUUGGUUUCGUGUCCGUGUGGUUAACAAACUCUUUCCUGACAGUUUAAUUACUCCCUCAGCAGCAUAACAUUAAUAUUUACUGCUGGU